AACAAUUAACAAUUUGGUUGGGCUUAACUGGAUGCAAUAUUCGGGCUUUAGACCCAUUUCUAAAUGGCUUCCAAGUUGAAUCGAAUAACCGGAUUUACUAAUUUUUGGAUCAUCAAUAACCGAAACAACAAAAAGUCACCAAAAUUGACCAAUCACAACAGUUACGUGUUUACAAAAUAACCCAAUCAAACAUGGUAAGAAAUUUCCGACAGGUUAAAAGUAUGUGUUUAUAGUUUAUACUUUAUACACAGACUUUUAUUCAUUUGAGAUAAGAAUGGUGUCUAUACAAUACAAUACACAAAUUAUUUUCUUUCAUUGUAUUCCUGAAAAUAAAUUAAUGAUUGAACAUUAUGAUUAUUUUGCAUAUUCUAAGAAUCUAAGUAGAGAAUCACACAUUUUUAGCUAUAACAUAUUUUUGACAAAUUUUAAAUUUCCUAAAUUGAGCAUGUGCUUAUAAACGUCCAGACGAUGGAAACAAAAAGUCAACAUUUUGAAAGUCAAACUAAUCGGUCUCAGAAAACAAAAAUAACUUUGUGUGUUGAUGUUUUGGUCAAUAUACUCGUCGUCAAAACAUCCAUUCAAUUUCUCAGACCAAACACAGAGAAGAAACAAGUUGGAUCCUUGCAACAAAAAGUAGUGAACGAGAGAAGCUCUCCCCAAGCUUUUAAUGGAUCCGUGGGAGCACUUCGCCGGCGGUAAUCCUUCCGAUCAACAGACUCCAAAACGUCAGCUUCAGAUCUGUGGCCCUCGUCCUUCACCUCUAAGCGUCAACAAAGACUCUCACAAAAUCAAGAAACCUCCCAGGCACCCUGCUCCACCUCCUCAGCAUCACCGCGACCAAGCUCAACCGUACGCUCCUCGAGAGCCGGUGGUUAUCUACGCCGUCUCGCCGAAAGUCGUGCACACCACAACCUCCGAUUUCAUGAACGUCGUCCAGCGUCUCACCGGGAUCUCCUCCGAGGUCUUCCUCGAAUCAAGAAACGACGGAGAUGUAUCACCGGCGGCGAGACUGGCCGCGACGGAGAAUGCUAGCCCGAGAGGAGGAAAGGAACCGGUGGAAAUCUCGACGGCUAUGGAAGAAGCAGCUGAGUUAAGUGGCUAUGCGCCGGGAAUACUCUCGCCGUCUCCGGCUAUGUUACCGACCGUUCCUGCCGGAAUUUUCUCUCCGAUGUUUCACCUAGGUGGGUUGUUCUCGCCGGCGUUACCGCCGGGAUUAUUUUCGCCGGCAGGAUUAAUGAGCCCUGGUUAUGCUAGUUUGGCAGCGUCACCAACUUUUGCUGAUUUCUUCAGUCACAUUUGGGAUCGAGAAUAGAUUAUUAGUUUUUUUUUACAUUUUAUGUAAUUUUAUUAACUUGACAUUAUCCAAAAAUUAGUCCAAAGGGGUUUUAAAUGAGUUUUGUGUAUUUGUAAUGUAAACUAUAUAUUAUAUAACAUCUCAUUUAACU